UUGACAUUAUUAAAUGACAGAUAUCAGCUGUUCAUUAAACGAUACAUGCAUCAUCAUUAGAAUUCAUUUAUAAUUCACUAGUAAAUCUUUUUAGAAAUGGCUACUGCAGUAACUGAUAAAGUAAAAGAACGCCGAAACAGAGUCUUUGUUGAUACCUUACCUGAUGAUUUUUUGAGAAUAACAGUGUCUGUUCAACAACAACAAGAAGCAGCAGACCGACAGGCUGCUCUUGCUUUACAUCAACAAUAUCUGAGCGCCCAACCUUGUCUUGCCAAUAUUUUGGGUAGAUUAAACAUUUGUGUAGCUCAGGCAAAACUUGCCAAAAAUUAUGGGGUGGUUCGUAUGGAUCCUUAUGCUAGAAUUCGAGUAGGACAUUGCGUUUAUGAGACUCACACUGAUUUAAACGGAGGUAAAAAUCCAAGAUGGAAUAAAUUAGUACAAUGUUUACUUCCACAAGGAGUUAAUAUGAUAUCCAUUGAGAUAUAUGAUGAGCGUUCAUUUACAAUGGAUGAACUGGUUGCUUGGACCCAAAUAAACAUUCCUCAACAAGUUUUAACUGGUGAAACUCACGAAGAAUGGUAUCCAUUGAGUGGUAAACAAGGUGAAGGAGUUGAAGGGAUGAUUAAUUUAGUUUUAAGUUACUCUCCUCAGGCACCAAUUCAACCUUUAAUGUAUACAAGUCCAAAUUUAUCUGCUGGAAGGCUUCAAACAUUAUCUGUGUAUCCUGCACCACCAACUGGUCAACCAGCUCCAGCACCAGUUCCAAUUUUAAGCGAAUCAGAAUUAAAACAGAUUGAAGAAAUGUUCCCUAACAUUGACAAAGAGGUGAUAAAAUCGGUAUUUGAAGCAAAUCGGGGGAAUAAAGAUGGAACAAUUAAUUCUUUAUUGCAAAUGUGUGAAUAAAGAUUAAAAAAAAAUCAUUAAAAAGACUUCUAUUAUAAAAUAUGCAAGAUUCAUUCACUUAUUAUGAUAAAUUUGAUGAAAAAGAGAAUACUUAGUCAUUAGAUUUAAGUGAAUUUAAGCUUUUUUUUUGUUGUAGCCUAUUAUUUGCUUAAAUGUUUUUUGGUAAUGAAAUAACUGAAAAAAUGUGCCAAAAUUUUCUUUUUCAACUAGCUUUUUUUAUAUGGAAA